UAAACCCUAGCGCCGCGAGGUAGAGGAUUUAUCUGAAAUUCUGAAUCAAAGGUUGUUGGAAAUUUCAAUGGGGAUGUUCAUGUUUCCGAAGCAUAAAUAAGAAUAACCAGUUUUAAACAGCGUGGUGUAAUCAUCUUUAUUCUACACUAUGCUACCUGUCUACUGGUAUAUGAAUGUAAUGUGUCGUUGAAGAGGUGAAAAAAGUUGUUGAUAUGGAACAACAGAAUGUACCAUCCAUUUCCAAUGCAAGACCAAAUCCACCAUUCAUUUCCAAUGCAAGACCAAAUCCAACCCAGAAAAAGAAGCUUCCAACGCCGAAAGAGUUGGUAUCCCACUAUGAAUCUCAAGGGAUGGAUUCGCAAGAAGCCUCCAUUAAGGUCAUAGAGGAUCUACAGAAGGCGCUGGUUGGAGUUAUCUCCUCUGGUAGAGGUAAAAAAGACAAGCUCUUGUCCGAAUCUUCUAGGAAGAUGGAUGCUGUCAACAAUAGAAUAACCAUUCUUGACAUGAAGCUUGAUUCGAAACCCGGGUACGCUGAGACUUUUGCAAUUGGGCUUGCCUCUGGAGCUGCUCUCAGAGGGAUUGGAGCAAUCAUGCCCCAUAUUCUUGCUCCUCUUGCUCAGAUAUGGAAUUCUGUAACAACAGCCACCAAAUCUUCUCCGCAAUGAUAUUUUAAUUUCUCACUAUGUACCUUUUUUAGUUUGUAAAAAACAAAAUGAAAAAAAUGUGCUACAGUAUUUGACGUUAUAAUUCCCUGCUUUUCAAAUGGUACAUGGAGAAACAUAAAGAAAAUUAGCACAUAAGUUCAGCAUAGUAGCCGUUACAGUCAAUAUGUCC